AACAUGUUUGUUAGAAAUUACAGGUAUUGAUAAGUUCGUUUUAGUAGAAAAUAAUCAGUCACUAUUGUUAAAUCGGACUGUACAGUAAUCGAAUAUUUUGGUUCUCGCUAAUAGUCAAGAAUUAAAAUUCGUGUUCAUGUGAAAUAAAUUUCGUUGUGGUUGUGAAGUGGAUUCUCAGAGAAAUGCCCUCUUGUGCCAGGACUUUGGAUAUGACUUCUGAGUGGUUACGAGAUGAUUGUGAACGCACGAUGGAAAUCAGAAAUGAAACUGAGAGGUCAUUGAAUGAAACACGUACAAAGAAAUGUGGAACACCAAAGAACGUAGAAACCGACCCACCGAAAAAAAACACUGAAACUGCCAUGACAUCCGAGGAGCCGAUAGAUGUAGUUAAAAAACCAGAUGAAAAGAAAACAGAUGACUGCACAAACUUUGCCGGCGAAAUACCGGAACACAAACAGACAGACAGACGGAUGGAAGAGCAGAGAUCAUUACGCUCACACGAACUCAUGAGGCUAGUCUACGAGUUACCAGAAGAGAUCAAGAGACCUGAAUUCUUAGAAAACAACAAUAUGCUUAAAGAAAACCCGCCGAUAACGAUCGUUGAGAUCACAGAACAGAAUGGUUGUGAUACCGAACUGACGCAGCAAGAUGACGCUUACUACAAUUCGAGUCCCGAGUUAGGCAAUAAAGUCGUUUACGACGUUUUAGCAACUAACGAACUUAUUAUGCAAUGUGCUGAAGAGUUCAAGGAAGUAAUAGAAAGGACGUCGCCUGAUUGUUCAGAUGAGGAUCUAUUAGAAUUAAAGAAGCUUUUAGAAGGGAAACCGAAAGUAUUAGAAAGGUAUUUAAGAGAAUGUGCGACAGCUGAGGAGGUGAAUAGGAUACAUAGUGUGACGUCAGGCGGACCGCUGUCGCCGAGACCUCGUCACGAAGCCAGGAGCACGUCGGUGACAUCAGACCUGUUCCAGUUAUGGCUGUCGUCGUCUCCUGUUAAGAGGUCACGGUCUCCAAGCAGCUCGGCGCAAAGGCAGCUGGAUGAGGCGGAUCUCUUCAUGGACCUCAUCAAGGAUGUCGCCAACGAGCUGGAUAUAGACGUGCUCUGUCAUAAGAUUUUAGUCAACGUGUGUCUACUUACAUCAGCAGAUCGAGGAAGUUUGUUCCUAGCAAAAGGUACGGCACCAAACAGAUAUCUGCAAGCAAAACUCUUUGACGUCACAAGAGACACAGAAUUGAACGACGCCCUUCGCACAGCUAGAACACAAGAAAUCAAAAUCCCGUUCGGCGUUGGAGUCGCCGGACUCGCAGCGCAAACGAAACAUCCAAUCAAUAUCAAAAACGCGUAUGCAGACCCACGGUUUAACAGCGAGAUAGACGCGCGCACAGGUUACAAGACUGAGCUGAUCCUGUGCAUGCCCAUCUGCAACUACGAGGGGGACGUGGUGGGAGUCGCCCAGAUCAUUAAUAAGACUGACGGAUCCAAAGAAUUCUCUCCAAGAGACGUGGAGGUAUUCCGAAGGUACCUUACCUUUUGCGGUAUCGGUAUCCAAAAUGCCCAACUGUUCGAAUCAUCAGUUCUAGAGUACAAAAGAAACCAGAUACUGUUAGCCCUCGCGCGAAGUAUAUUUGAAGAGCAAAGCAAUCUAGAAUGCUUGGUUACGAAGAUCAUGACAGAAGCCAGAGAACUACUAAAAUGUGAGCGAUGCGCUGUUUUUAUAUUAGACACGGAUCAUUGUGAAUCGAGUCACUUAGAGCGUAUCGUGCAAAGGCCGGGCGGCAGACGGUCGGCCACACCGGCGUUACCUCCACCAGCACCGACAAGAUUCCACACACUCUUCGAACUCGGAGCGCAGCAGUCCAGAACUACCCUCACGCCGCGGCAUGAUAAUAAGUCGACGCUCGCUUCCAUAGCUUUAGCUGUGGCACAAUCAAACAGAUCGUUGAACAUAUCGGAUGUAAAGGACUGGUUGCGAGAGAACGGCAUGGCGCACAUGGGCGUGGUGGGUGACGACGCGAUCAACGUGCGGACCAUGCUCUGCAUGCCUAUUGUUAAUGCUAAUAAAGACGUUAUUGGCGUGGCACAGUUGAUUAAUAAGGAUAACGGAUCACAUUUCACAGAUGGUGAUGUUUCGAUAUUCGAAGCAUUUGCUAUCUUCUGCGGUCUCGGCAUCCAUAAUACUCAAAUGUACGAAAACGCGUGUAAACUAAUGGCUAAACAGAAAGUUGCGUUGGAAUGUUUGUCGUACCACGCGACGGCGUCGGCAGAAGAUACCAGCAAGUUAUGUCAAGAGGUGAUACCGUCCGCUGAAACAUAUAAUCUAUAUAGUUUUCAAUUUCACGAUUUCGAUCUAUCCGACGAAGACACGUGCAGAGCAACAUUACGCAUGUUCCUACAAUGUAGUCUUGUGGAGAAGUUUCAUAUACCUUACGACGUUCUCUGCAGAUGGAUACUUAGCGUGAAAAAGAACUAUCGUCCAGUCAAAUAUCACAAUUGGAGGCACGCUCUGAACGUAGCCCAAACUAUGUUCGCCAUGUUGAAAACAGGCAAAAUGGAGCGUUUUAUGUCAGAUCUAGAAAUUUUGGGUCUUCUGGUCGCUUGUCUAUGCCACGAUCUAGACCAUAGAGGUACGAACAACGCGUUCCAAACGAAGACAGAGAGUCCUUUGGCCAUAUUAUAUUCGACGUCGACUAUGGAGCAUCAUCAUUUCGACCAGUGUGUUAUGAUUUUGAACAGCGAAAGCAAUAAUAUAUUUCAGGCGUUGUCUCCAAGCGAUUACAAAGAUGUAAUGCGCGUGGUGGAAACCGCGAUCCUGUCCACCGACCUGGCGAUGUACUUCAAGAAGAAGUCUAAGUUCUUAGAACUCGUCGACAACGGUGAAUUCGACUGGCAGAGCCAGGAAAAGAAAGAGCUGUUAUGUGGCAUGAUGAUGACGGCAUGUGACGUGUCGGCGAUAGCGAAACCCUGGGAGGUGCAGCACAAGGUGGCGAAGCUGGUGGCUGACGAGUUCUUCGACCAGGGAGACCUUGAAAAACUGCAACUAAACCAACAACCCAUUGCUAUGAUGGACAGGGAGAAAAAAGACGAACUACCACAAAUGCAAGUGGGCUUCAUCGACAUGAUAUGUCUGCCGUUAUACAAAGUUCUGUCAGAUACGUUCCCUUGGAUCCAGCCACUGUACUCUGGCACUAUGGAGAACCGGCAGCGGUGGCAGGACCUCGCUGAGAAGGUGGAGAUGGGCCUCACGUGGAUCGACCAUGAUACUAUCGACAAACCUAUUGAGGAAUUUACCGCAUUGAACGAACCAAUAAAAGACGUAGAGCUAACAGUAACGACAUUGAAAAGUACGAAACCGAUACCCGAAAGCAGUAGCAGUAUGGCGCUUGUGAAGCCAAUAAAGACCUCCUUCCACUCGCUACGGCGCGGGAAGAGCGGGAACUACACCUCGCGACCCGCUAGGAACAAACUUACCAGUCUGUUGCAGAUCUCUGUACGCCGCGCCAAGCACGCGGGAGAGCGAGAAAGAGAGAGAGAAAGAGAGGGAGAGAGAACGACCGACCCAAACAGCCAACCACACGGAGGACGAGCAGCCGCCGCCGACAACCAAGACGAAACAUAAGAGCCGCCUCUGCCAUAUGUUGUGACGGUUAAGUUUAAAUUGGGGCAGCCAAGCAAGUACAGACCGAUCGGACAAGCAGGACCGAGUGAAGCCGUCCAAAUCGAUCGACUAGGCACGCGCCGGCGCCCUACAGCUGUCUCUUCGCCGAGCCACGGCCCUACUUCAACUUAACUAAUGUGUGUUUUAAACUCUCUACAUGGUUAGUGCGUUCUUACGUAUCAAGUAUUUGUUCUCCGUGGGUAUAGUGCAGCUUCAGUAAUAUACUACAUAUCGAAAGCCGAAUGGCGGUGAGACUUCCUCCCUGUUUACAGUUAAACUAUAGUUCAUGCUCUAACUUUGAAGUAAGUGGGUAAUAAACGAUGUUUGUUAAGCCUUUCAAUGGAAUUUCCAGUGCUGUAUAAUUUAAAAAGUAGGUACCAAUACAUUAAUAGUUAUAAAUAACCAGCUACAGACAUCAAGCGGCAAAUACUUGAAGUUCGUUUCACUUCGAGCGAAUUUCAUUUAAUUUAUGACGUACGUAGAACAAAUUCCUUGAAUUCGUGGCGUGUGCAAGCGAAGCGGCUCGCACCGUUAGUGACUUGUACAUUUCUACUAUUUAGACACACUUUUAAGUAGUUUAAUGUGGUAUACUGUUCCGGACGAACAAACUAGUUGUUUGUGAAGUAAUGUUCAUUAUAUGGCAUUAAAGCGGCAAGCAUUUACCUUCCCAGUGUUUAACUUGAUGUUACAUAUACAACUAAUCUGCCAUCAUUUAUUGUGGCUCGUAACAAAGAAAUUACCUAUUUCGGUAACAGCCAGGUUAUAAAUGUCUACAUUCUGUAAUUUUUUAAACAAUUCAGUUCGUUCGUUCGAAAUAUUUUAGUGAAAAAAAAAACUAAGUGUAACUCGUAGUAUUUUAAAUUUCAGCGCCAUUUUGGCGCAACGAUGUUUCCUGUAAAACUUUAGGUAAAUGUUUAUUAAAUGUAUUGUUUACAUAGACUGUGAUCUAGAGUAACUUCGCGAAAUUCUAUUUUAAAAUAUAAUACCUUCACGCUGGGCUUAUAUCCAAAAUAACAAUCUUUAGAGAAUAUUUUUUUUUAUCCGUACUUCAUGUGCAUUAUUUUAUUGAUAAUUACAUUGAAAUGUAUGGUUCCAAUAUAAUUUUUCAUACUAUGUACACAUAAAGUCUAAAUAUAUAAAAAUUAAGUUAAUAAAACCAAGCUCUGUGGGUGAAAAUAUAGACGGGUGACUAGUUACUCAAAUAUUAUUUAAUUUGGUAAUAAAAGGAGUUAGAUCCGUAGCCAAAAUCCGUGUCUACAAUCGUUAACGCUAACGUAAUGUAUGAGAAUAAUAUAACCUAACCAUAGACUUAUCGAUAGCUUAUGUCUUGUCAAACAAUUUUUCUGUUUUCUAUUAGCGUUAACGAUUUUGAAAAGGCACCUUGGCUACGGCCUCAAAGCAGAAAAAAGGAACAAAAUAUAAACCAAACAACUAUCAUUUACUAGUACACUUGAUGACCCUACUAUAAAUGUGGUAAAUAUUUACCAACAUAAAUAUUUACCUAAAAAAACAUAAAUAGGUCCAUACCACGUGUGAUUACACGAAUUAUGAAUUUAAAAGGUUGUGAGAAGAGAAUAAGUAUACUUAUGUUCCGACGUGGGUUAUUUACCAAAAUUAGUGUAUUGAACUUGGACCUUGAUAGUUUUAAAAUAAAAUUUUCAACUGUUUAUAAUUAUUAUAGGUAAUGAUGGAUUUUAAAAUCGAAUCACAGAUAAAAAAGUAUUUUGAAAAAAGAAUUAAAUUUCUUUAUGGAAUGAAACCGGCCUCCUUUUGAAUUUACUCUUCGUGGUCAAAUAAAGGUCUUUCAUUCACUUUACCUACAGUUAUUUAGGAUUUGGAUAUAGGACCCGGCUUCCUUUCUACUCUAUUACUUUUAAAAUAGAAUAUUCGUCUCUUGGCCUGUGAAAUAACGUGUAUGUUACAAAUAGUUAUGAACAUAAGAAAUGUUUCGUAUGUCACGAUCUACGACGCGUUUAAAUUAUUUAAUUUUGUAUAUCAAUGAUUUAAGCUGAAAGUAUUAUGAUGCUAGUCGGUUGUUUUGUUAAAUUUCAUAUAUUUAUUGCAUGUUGCUACCAUAACGUCCAUUUUGCUUAAAUAUGUGCAAUACUUUUUAUUGUAUGCAUAAUUUUAUAGAAAUAAUGUUCCGUUGGUCCAUUUAUGAUUGUCUUUAAUUUUAUAUCUGGAAAAUUUACAUGAUUAAAAACUUAUAAUUCAUGUUUUGAUUUUGUUAACUGACAAGGCCAUGAAUAUAAUUCAUGGUCAAUGUGGCACUUAUCAUGUUUCAAAAGAAAAAAAUAAUUGAGCCUGCCUUUAUAUAUUUUAUAUUUUAUAAUGUCAAGUACGUUAUGUAUCUAUAUAUAAGAUGUUUGUUUAUUAAAAUUAAAAUGUUUCUUUCCAAAAAUAAAGGAGGUUCAUACUGUCCGUAAACAAACUCAAAAAUAUAGUCGUCUUAAUAUUAUUGUGAUUCUGUGGCGGCUUGCCAUAAUAAUCUCAUUAUUAUUGGAAAGGAAAACGAUUUCGAACGUGUCAAUUGACUAAUCAACGCAAAGUUAAGUUAAUUAUUUUCACGCAAUUCUAUGAAUUUCCACUUUUUGUCAUUUAAAAUUCCGAAUGUUUUUAAAUCUCGAUAUAAAUAAAUGUUCUUUACUGAAUAUUGUAUAUACACGAUAAUAAGUAUAUUUAUUUGAGAUAAAACUAUAUUUAUUGAUUUUAGCAUAAUUAUUUUGCUAUUUGUGUUAAGUCUCUUAAUGUAUCAGUUUGUUCAUGAGAAUAAUUUGACAAUUAAAAACCCUUUUAAAGCAAUUAUUGAUGUCAAAUAUUGUGGAGAUUUUUACUGUCGUUAUAAAGUAGGAUGUUGAUCCACAUGUUGUGAAUUUAGUGUGGUUAUUCUUUACUGUGAACUGAAAUAAAAUAAUGUAAUCAUGUUUUUCGAUUUCUUAACUUGCAUUCACAAUUUUAAAUAAUACGAAUAUAUUUAGUUUAUGUCUUCAUUGCUUCUGAGGUUUGAUUUGCGCUGUUGUUGCAAUCAUGGCUGAAGGUUAUGCGUUAGAAAUAUAAAAAGUAACAUAAAAAUUAAGGUAAUAACUAAAGGUGUUGUAUAUCUAAACAUAAUAUAAAGACUAAACGAAUUUGUACGCUAUCAUCAAUGUAUGUUGGCCAUUAUUUCGUUACUCAAGAUAAUAAAUAAUAGAAAUUUAUUUUUUCCGCACUUAGCAGACACAUUGUCGUGUGUCCGAAUGACUCCAAGAAAUAUCUCUAAAAACUUUUUAACAAUAGCGCAGAUCAACACCGAUGAAACAGUGAUAUUUCUGAUAGAUAAUUUGUUUCGUAAUUGAUGUCAAAUGCAAUUAAUGACUUUUCUUUGGUGUUUAGCAGUUAUCUUAAAUUAUCCCCGUGUGUUGGCGGUACCAUGGUUAAGACUUAUUCUCUAUUUUAGUGUGAUUACAUUUAUAAUUAAAAUUACGAUAUGAAAUUUAUGAACUUUUCUCUGUAAUGUUUAUGUUAUAUACUCGCUUAUGUUUUUCUACAAAAAUAUAUCUAAUUAAUUAAAUUUUACUUCUACAACUUUGUCAAUUAUAUACAUUUUUGUUAAACCAUGCGCCGACAAUGUACGUGUGAUGUUAUUUGUUUCGACAAAUAAAAAUUGUGAACAAUA